AUGGGCAUCCUCUGUGAGCCUCUGUACCGGCUAUACUGGGCGCCCUGUGCCCUUUUCGGCCCUUCCCGCCUGCGGGCCAAGGUCGUGGCGUCGAACGCCUGCACCCCCUCAUCCCCCACCUCUCUCCCGUUCCCCCACUCCCCCGCUCCCCCACUCCCCCUUUCCCUCCCCUUUUCCGCCCCCGGGCCGGGAGCGGCGCGGGGAAGGAGGGGCGGGGGCACCACGUGGCCACGCCCCCAGAGCCGGCUUUUUCUAGAGCAGCUGCAGGAGGCUCUCCGCCGGCCGCCCAGCUCGCCUACCCGGGUGCGCACGGCUCCGGCCCCGCGCUCCGCUCCGCCUCCGCCACGCCGCUCCCCGAGCUUCGGCAGCGCGGGAGCGCGCCCUCCGCGCCGCCACCCCGACCCCCGGCUCCCGGCUCCCGGCUCCCGGCUCUCCGCGCCCGGCUUUCGGUCCCUGUGGCUCGGUGCCUGGCCCCUCAUGCCCCGCGCCCUCGCCGUCCCCCAAGCCCCUGCUCUGCUCCCCGCCCGGGCCCCGCUCUCUCGCUGUUUCACCCCUCCGCACCCGCACAUUCCUCCCUCUCUCUUUUGCUUGCUUGCUCGUUCGCUAGCUCUCAGACGCGGCGAAGCAGCUUCGCAGGGAAAUCCCAGAAACCUUUGCAAAAAGCUGACAAUGAAAUUUAAGAAGUUCUUCGAUUUCGGCGCCAUUUUCGAGUGGAUCGAGAGGUUUGUGAUUGAGGGUUACAGGGAUUUUGGUUUGAUCCGGCGCACGGGCAGGUCAAGGACUAUUGGCAAAGACAGAGGGAGGUGUGGAAUCUUUCCCACGCUUUCCGUCAUCCUGAAAGAAACCAAGCACACGAAAACCCCUCUUGUCUGGACGGGCUGCCCGGAACUGGGCUUCCCAGUGGGGCCCCCGGAGGAGGUCGGCUUUGGGGAGCCCGGGGUUCCAGGCAGCCCGGAGACGGGGCUCAGGCUCCCGCCGCCCCCACGCGCACUCUCCCAGACUCCCUUGCGCCACGGCGGACGCGGGCGGGUCGGGGCCCUUCCGGCCGCCGCGGACCCUCGGGCUCCCGGGGCGCCGCCACCCGGCUGCCUGGGGCCAGUCCGGCUCCGCGCGGCCGCCGCCGCCGCCGCCCCGCCCCACCCCGGCCGCGAUCCCCGGACUGGGAAGCCCGAGAGUUGGCUCCCGGCCGGCCCAGGGCCCCGCAGGCCAGCAAUCCCGAGGCCUGAACGGCGAACAGGUUCCCGCACCCGCCGGCUUAGUGCUUGGGGUUGGGGAGGCACCUCGAGGCUGACCCCCUGCCUCUCACCAGCUCCCUUUUCUCCCUUUCUCCCCCCUCGGGACGGGUCCCCUCGAGCCAGAAGGAAGCCCGGCAGCAGCCAGCGCCCACCCUCCGGGAGGACCACGCCCGCGCCCGCCGGCUCCCUCCAGCGGGACGCAGCAAAGGAACACUACAUCAACACUCUUGGCCCGGAUCUGGACACAGAAGACUCCUGUUUCAAGAAAAUACAGUCAUCUCUCAAAUCCUGUAAUUUAUAUGCAUUCUAAACUCACUAGGUAUUGAAAACCACCCAAGUGUCCCACACCAUGGGGUAAAAUAUAAUCCAUCACUCAGUGUAAUAUUAUACAUCCUUUAAAAAUGGUAUUGGAAAAUGGUUUAUGAUCAGUAAGUCAAAAUAACUCUCUCCCACCGUUUCUUUCUCCCUGCUGCUCCCUGAUACCCACGCUUCUUUGUUCCAUUUGGCACGUAAACUUGUUUUUCCCGCCAAAUGAGUCAGUCAUGAUGGGAACGUCAAUUGAUUUGAACAGAUGUGUGUCAAUGUUACUUCGGAAACUAGAUGCCAAUAACCAGGGCCACAAAAAAAGGCAGUGGUUGCAACUCUGUAAAAAUUUACACGUGCAUACAGACAAUGACUAAAGUGGAACCCCAAAUAGGAAAACAGUUGGAUACACUCCAGUGCUUGGAGAUUGAAUGAUUGUAUGCUGCUUUUGAUUUUCACUAAUACAAGUAACUGUCCAAUUAAAAAAGACCUACUAAGGACUCUGCAGUGCAAAUUAUUUUGCUGAUUGUUUUAAAAGCACCAUACCUAUCAAAUCAUCAAGGCAGAU